AUGGCAGAGCCCCCCACGAAAAGAGCAAGACGAGUCGAUAGCUCGACAAUGUGGGACUUAGACGAACGAAAAACGCGUUCUCCUGAGCCGGACUCAAAUACCGGCAGAAGCCCUCGGCGUGACGCACAUCAGAAGGACGAUCGGCGGCGUGAGGGGCUCCGCGAUGACAGAAGAUAUCGUUCACGCUCAAGAGAUCGGGUUGAAAGGCGCAGAGAAAGGAGCAGAUCUCGAGAUCGACGUGACCGUGACCGUGACCGUGACCGCGAUCGCGAUAGGACAGAUCGGGAUAGAGAUGGUCGGGGAGCAAGGGACAGAGAUAUAAGCGCGACCAGAGAAAGACAUUACGAUAGACGAGGAUAUCGAGACAGAAACCGCGACCGCUCCCGCUCACCCAUUCGGAAUGGGAAUAGGGACAGGACUAGAACGCCACCACCUCGAGGGCCCAAGGGAGAUCGCAGGGACGAUCGCAAAGAUAACCGUCCGUAUGGCAAUGGCGUCCCACAUUCACCGUCACGACGAGACAAGGACGAGAUGGAGUUGGACGCCGCAGUACCGAUCGAAGAAGAUGAAAUGGAGGCGCUGAUGCGCAAGAACAUGGGUUUUACAAGGUUCAGGAGCACAAAGAAUACCAAAGUGCCUGGAAACAACAUCUACGGUGUGCGGAAAGAGAAGAAGACUGUGUACAGACAGUACAUGAACCGUGUAGGCGGAUUCAACAGGCCUCUCAGUCCUUAA